AUGUCCGACCUACUCAGCCCAGAUAUUCGCGAGCCAUCCUCCCCUGAGGAAGAUGGUAACCUCAAGCAGAGUUUAGAGAUUGACAUGAAAGCGCUCGUGGGCGAUGCAGUAGGAAAUAUGAGUAUUAGCCCAUCAAGCCGAGAUGUCGUACUAGCUACGCGCAACGGCCUUUUUAUCAUUGACCUUGAGGCUCCUCUCAAUGUGCCACGCUUCCUCCCUCAAGGAGGCACCUGGGAUGUCGCGGAUGUACAAUGGAACCCGCAUCCUUCUCGGAAAGAGUACAUUGUUUCGACAUCGAAUGAAAAGCUUACAGGUAUCGACUCAUGGCUGUGGGCUUGGGACCUCCGUGCAUCUCAAAAGCCAGUAAUGGGUCUGUGUGCAUUUGGCUUAUUCUCCCAGCUUAACGAGCGCCAGGUGGUGGCACGCAGGUCAAGUGGAACCGUCAAGAUGGACAUCUGCUCGCGUCCUCCCAUCAAGACGAAGUACUCCUGUGGGAUAGAAGAGCGGGACGAGAUCGUGACCUGCUCUCUGGACAAGUCAAUCAAAGUCUGGGACACGCAGACUCUAGGUCCAAAGCUUACCAUCUCGACUAUGUAUCCUGUAUGGCGAGCUCGAGACUUGCCUUUCGGUCGGGGCCUACUGAGUCUUCCACAAAGAGGAGAGACUGCUCUAGAGAUGUACAGCCAUGACACCCCUGACAAUCCGGUGGAAGUGUUCGAAGGUCACGAAGAUGUGGUGAAAGAGUUCGUAUGGCGGCGGGGUGGACAUGACUGCUCCGGCUUCCAGCUUAUCACUUGGUCGAAGGACAAAACGCUACGCUUUUGGCCUGUUGAUACGGAGUAUAUGAAUGUCAAAAACCUAAAGACCCUCCAGAAAGCAGGCAAAGCUCCGCCCACACGAGCGGCUUCAGAGCCUCACCGCAGAGAGCUGAAAGUCUCCUUCAGUAAUCCUCCGGUUGGCACUGACCUACCACCGGCACUCUCUGCUCCUAUCGGUUAUCGAGGUAUCCUGGCCGAGGUCCGGGCUCCGUUCCCGCCGCGACCCGCGGCAAGACUCAGCACCGGGCGGCAGGACCGGAAUAUUACUCGCCCCCAGUCCCAGGACCUGGACAAGGAUAAGUCGGUCGCACAGUCCAAGCCCAUUCCAAUCACGCAGGAGAAAGGCAGAACCAUGACGCGGGGACUCCUCGGUGGGCGAUCGGCACAAAUUAACACGUCUGCCUGGUUGUCGAGUGUCAAAUUUGGCACGAAAAGGGACGGGAGCUCCGGACCAGGCAGUGGGGCAGAGAGUGGGGAGGUCUCCCGUUUCAGCUCGUUGUCGCGGCCGCCGUCACAACCAGAUUCGUCUGGAUCGCGCAUAGUAAUCAAUGUACAAAAGGACAGCCCGGUAGGAGCGAAGGGUGAGGAUGGGAACAGAGAAGGAGAGGUCGGUCAAUCGCUACAAGAAGAAAUUACGUUCGUCACCAACAAGCUGGCUACUUACAAGGUCAAGCUAGAGAGGGCGGAAUGGAGCAAGAAACCUACGUGCACCUUCGGUCUACAUGGUCCCUGGGGCGACUCAACCUCAGUCUUCAUCCGAAUUUCUUUCACAUUUCCCCGCGAUUAUCCUCAAGCCAAGCAUCCAUACGGCACUCCCAGCGUGGACUUGGAGAAAAACUCGCUCAUCUCAAUGAAAAGUCGAGCGUUCAUACUUCGGCGGCUGCGCGCCAUCCGAGAGAAUGACCGACCUUGUCUGGAAAAAUGCUUACGCUUUCUCUUAUUCGGGGACGAUGAAGAACGCAUCAAUAGGCAUCCAGGAAUGGAUUCUGAGUCUUCGUCGGAUGAAGAUAUACCGUCAAUCGCCCGUACUCGCAAGGACGCCAAGCCCUUAACAGUGCGAAGAGACAAGAAUCUGGCAGAGCCACGCACGUCUCAGGGAGUGUUCGGCGAACUCGUGUGUUUCUUCCGCGCACCACCUCGAAUCGUGCGGAACAUUAUGCGGGAAAUCUCUGUAUCGCCGUCUGUUGCAACUCGACGUACAGAUGCUGCUUCACGCCAAUUGCGCUCUCCGUUUGUGCUGUCCGAUGCGGUCCAUCGACUGGCCCAUGCGGCACAGGACCGAGAUGCCGAAUCUGUGGAGACUCGACAAGCGGAGGAUGCUCAUAACGUUCUCCGGAUUGUGGCAGAUCUGUUCACAUUCUCGCAGCAGAAGCCAAGAAGACUCUCUGAGCACUCCCGACAGUUUGAGGACAAGGGAAAAUACUCGCUGCUCCCGACGCGCAGCACAGUGUACAUCAAAAAUACGUCCGGCCUAGUGGGUAUCGAUGUGGGGGCUGCUCGGGACUAUUCCUUGGCGGUAAAUAUACCCUCCAACUUUUGCAGGAUAAACGCCCAGAUAGCGAAGAAGAGAGGGCGUGCCGACCAUGAACGCGUGUUCAGGCUUCUGGAGGCUGUUUUUAGCGGCGUCGUUGGUCAAGGUCCGCAAGAGCUGUUGUCACGGAGUACUAUGCGUAACGUGCCUGCCAUCACAAUCAUCCACAACCUUUACUCAGAUCUGUCGGCUCAAAAGGAUAUUCAAAUGCUAGCCAUGCUGCAGAACUGGUACUCCAAACUACAGAAGAUCCCUGGAGCGUCGCAAUUUAUCGUUAUCCCCUAUUUGGUCUCGAGAUUCGCCUUCUCCAACUUUUCAGCCAUCGGCGCCACCUUUAUCAUCGCCUUCGUCUUCUAA